AAAGUCAUUAUCAUCUCCUUGGAUGAUGAAAAGUUCCCAGUGGAACCCAUAGUUGCAGAAAAAUCAAUCUUGAUCAAAAAUAUGAUCAACGAUUUGAAUCCUGAUGGAUUAACUGAAGAUUUCGAAGUUCCAACUCCAAAUGUCAGAUCUUCAGUCUUAGCCAAAGUGUUGGAAUGGUGUGAACAUCACAAACAUACCGUCUUUCCCGAUGAUGACGACGAAGAUGCCAAAAAAUCUGCUCCGGUGGAUGAAUGGGAUCGUAACUUCUUAAAAGUUGAUCAGGAAAUGUUAUACGAGAUUAUGUUGGCAGCCAACUACUUGAAUAUCAGACCUUUAUUGGAUGCUGGCUGUAAAACAGUUGCUGAAAUGAUCAGAAAUAAGUCUCCCGAAGAAUUAAGAAGAACCUUUAAUAUAGUCAAUGACUUCAGUCCUGAAGAAGAAGCUGCCAUCAGAAGAGAAAACGAAUGGGCAGAAGAUCGUUAGUUUAUGUUUUAUGAGUUAUUCAUUUCUACGUUAUGUAUACGUUACUAAUAUAUGUGU